CUGGAAGAAAGCCCAGAAAUUUUGAGGCACAGUCUCCUGCUUGAUUCCUCUGUGAAACCUUUUAACACCAUAUGCUUUCUUCUCCUCACCUAAACACGGAGCAAUCACAUGAGAAAUCCAGAUCUGCGUUCCAGGUUCCACUCUGUCGUCUGAUGGUCAUUGCGCGAGGCGGUCACGAAAGCUGCUGUUCUCUAAUUCUUAGAGAAAUUGAGCAUGGUAACAUUAAAGAAAAUAGUGAAAUCGAGCAUGGUAGCAUUAAAGAAACCAAAGAAAUGGAAGAGGACAAAGGAGAUAGAGAAAUGAGAGAGGAUAAGGAGGAAGAGAAAGAACGGAAGAAUAGAAAGCCAACACCGGUGGCGGGGAAGGGAAAAAGAACACCGGUGCUGUAUAACGGAGGAGAAGAGUGACGUAUGCGGUUAUGGAGAGAAAUCGGGGAAUUAGGGAAGACGAUAAGAUAGUAGGAAUUUUUUGUUCUUAUUAAAAGAUCAUUUUAACU